AUGAAAUUGAAAAUCAGAUGGAGACGUUUCGACAACGUGGAAAAGGUUCAAGAGGUGUCGCAACGGAUACUUGAUAAGAUUACAAAAAAUGAUUUCCAAAAGUCAUUUGAGCCAAAUUACCAUUGGAAACAACGUCAAAACUAUUAUAAUUGGGAAAUUUUACCAUAUCCCCCAUAUUCCCCAGACAUUGCCCCAUUUGAUUACCACCUGUUCAGAGCAUUACAACACUUUUUAAUAGAAAAACAAGAGAACUUUUAUCGAGAUGGAAUAAUGGCCCUACCAGAAAAAUGGGAAGAAGUUGUACAACGUGAAGAAAAUAAAACUUUUUCGUGAAACUAAAAGGUAUGUAAACAAUCUUAACAUAUAUAACCGCUGGAAAAAACGGCACGAACUUAUGGGAUGACCUAAUACUUCGGACGAGAGCCAAAACUAGGUUCAUAUAUUAAUGAAGCAUUUACGAAAGCAAUUCCA